AAUAAAAUUAUCCCGAGAAAAGCGCAAGGAGAUGAAGUUAAUAUAGUUUACUGCUGGGAGAGGUAUGAAAUAAAAAAGAAAAUGAGCAAAAGCAAAAUAAGAGAAAAUUUCAAAAGACAAGGAAGAAGCCAACAAAGGAACUAAAAAGUGAAAAGGGUCAAAAAAAAAAAAAAAGUCGAAUCGGACGCAGCUGUUGGGUUGGGAGGUCUCUCUUCUUGAAACAGUAACGCCAGGGUGGGUUUCCAUUGCAUUAGUGAAGUCUUCAAGUACAUCCAUUUCGUUCUUUCUUUUUUCUUUAGAGCAACCGAGGAAGCAAGUGUCCACCUUUUCGUUGGUAAUGUGGAUGUGUACGAGUUGUAGACAGUGGGAAUUGGAAGAAGGUGGACUGGCACUGUCGAAUGAAAUUGAGUUUCCAUUUGCAAAUUACCUCAAGUGUUACAACUGCCAACGCCAAGUCAGAUAAUUUCUGGAGGGAGAUUCCUUUCUCUUCCUCGCAUAUUAUGGUCUGCAUUUGUAUGUAAAUUAAGGAAUAUCCAGAUUCUUAGCCACUCUCAUUCUUAUUAUGGAUAAUAAAUGUUGCAAAUGGUAGAGUAGUGGAUUGAAGGGUGAUUGUGCUUUCUCGGUGGCUCUCUUCCUAUAUAAUCUGUUUGGUCUCUGUUGAGAGGAAAAAUCCUUCAGAUGCCCUACCGAAGCAGCAUUUCAUUUAGGACAUGAUUGAUCAGUUCAUCAAUUUUGUCAUUCGCCCUCCCAGGGCGGCUUAUAACCCCGAUCAGUAUCUAUGGGAGAGGGAUUUCACUCUUGCCGGCAGGGCAUACAAGAGACUAGACUUGGAGCUUACAAACAUAAGGGGUCAUACUCUGCAGUGCAGUCAUUAUGUGCCUUCGCCCUUCCCUGAAGAUACUCCUCUUCCUUGUGUCAUUUACUGCCAUGGAAACAGUGGAUGCAGGGCAGAUGCAAAUGAGGCUGCAGUUAUCCUUCUUCCAUCAAAUAUUACUGUUUUCACUCUUGAUUUUUCGGGUUCUGGCUUAUCUGAUGGUGACUAUGUCAGCCUUGGUUGGCAUGAGAGAGAUGACCUCAAGGUUGUGGUUUCAUAUCUAAGAAGCAGCAAACAAAUAUCUCGGAUUGGUCUUUGGGGACGAUCAAUGGGGGCGGUCACUAGCCUUCUUUAUGGAGCAGAAGACCCAUCUAUAGCUGGAAUGGUGUUGGAUAGCGCCUUCUCAAAUUUAUUUGACCUAAUGAUGGAACUUGUAGAUGUGUACAAAAUUAGGCUCCCAAAAUUUACAGUUAAAAUGGCAGUACAGUACAUGCGUCGAGUGAUUCAAAAGAAGGCAAAAUUUGAUAUUAUGGAUCUUAACUGUUUAAAGGUUGCGCCCAAAACAUUCAUUCCAACUUUAUUUGGACAUGCCAGCGAGGACAAAUUCAUUCAGUCUCACCACUCUGACCUCAUCUUUAAGUCCUAUGCAGGGGACAAAAAUAUGAUAAAAUUUGAUGGUGAUCAUAACUCCUCUCGACCCCAGUUCUAUUAUGACUCACUUUCCAUUUUCUUUUUCAAUGUUCUUCACCCGCCUCAGAGUAACGCUUCUUCAAGCAAUCUCGAGAAAUAUUACAAUUUAGGGGAUUUGAAGGUUGGUGCUGCCAUAGAUGAGAGCCUCUUAUGUGAGAUAAUCACAGGCCUCCGUUCUGCCUGUACUGAUGCUGCAAGUUCUUCUGCUGCUCCUCCUAGCAUUCCAACCAUAAAACCCGUCAGUGAACUAAUCUCUGAAGCUGUGCCUGUUACUAGUAUAGCAGUGGAUUCUGUGGUCAAUGAGAAUGAUAGGAUUAGCAGUGAUGAUCCAUCAAAGUUGCAGGAUAAGCCAAAUGGCCAGAGUGAGGAGUGUUGUUCGUAUACCAGCUCAAAUAGAGAGAGUUGGGGAAGAUGCUCUUCUCUAGGAUGCAGUGAUGAAGAAUCUUCUGCUGAAUGCAGAGCUGCUGACAACAGCCAUGAGAUGGCUCUGAAGGCUUUUGCAACACCUCUAAGAAGCAUACAACAGAAAUCCCCUAAAGCACCAAAAGAAGAAAAGAAAAAGAAGAAAACUCUAGCAGCUCCAAAGAAGCUCAAGGGCGAGAAAUUUGAAAAGCUUGAAGCCUUUAGUAAGCGGCUACGCCACUGCAUUCUAAGGCGAGUGAACCAUCAAAGACACCGCUCUUCAUGAAUGUAGCUUACUGUAGAACAUGUUAAUUAUUGUAACUGGUUGAGGUCGUGUCUAAGUAUUAUUUUGUCAUGUUUUCCCCCCCACUUGUAGUUAAUAGUUGUUGAUUCUCAUCUGAUCUCUGUGUGCAUUAUCGCCUAAUUUCUCUGUAAUGGAACAGUCUCUCCUCAAUUGGAUCUCUGAACAUAGAGAUAACCAAGCCUUUAGCUUAA